UUGGUUAAUGAUAGCCCGCGCGCGCGUGUAGGGGAAGGAGCUGGCGAAUAGGUGUUUGUCCGGGCGCGUGCUGACAGUGGAGAUUUGAAAAGUUGGUCAGUGGCGAUUUCACCGAGACUUUAAAUCUGCUGAGGUGGGUCAAAGUGAUGUCUAAGUGUCACUUUGUGAGACAUAAUUACAAUCCUGUAGUGGCUCUAGAUGGACGGAUUCUGGACCGUUAUGUCCCAAAGAAACCAAGGGCUCUUGGACAACUGGACUUUUCAGCGGUUCCAGACCAGAUGAGUGAAAAUGCUGACGCAAAAGUGGAGAGAAACGUUCCAGAGUCUUUUUACUCAAGCUGGGCUGUGCAAUGUUUUAUCAGGAAAUACUGUCCCUCUGUUUCAGCCAGCACAGACUCCUCUAUAAAAUGUCGCAAAGCCAAUGAAGUGCUGGGCCGAAAAUACUUUAAAGACACUGCAGCUGUCUGUAAACAGGCCCCUUACUGUUUAUAUAUGUACCACGAAGCAGAGAAAGCUUAUGUGGUCUUGAUUGGGUAUUUCGACCAGACUGCUGGAGAAACCAAAGUGAGGCUGCUCAAUGUUAUUGAGGAGAUACAGUCUACCUUAUUGAACGGUGUUGUGGAGACUCUUCAAAAGUUUGAGAUCCCUCUGGCUAACCUUGUAGCAUUUUAUUCCAAUGCAUCCAAUCUAACAGAGCUGAUUUCAGGCCUGAGAGCCUUGAAUCCAAGCACUGUUUUUCUAUGCAGCCUUACUGGUGUUGCCGAACAAGCAUGUCACAGUGGCAUUAUGGCAAUGGAGCUGUCAGCACAGAUCCAGGAACUGAUCAAGGAAAUCCACCAGCUCUUCCCCUCUCUACCAGACUUUCUGAAGGAGCAGCUUGCUAAUUUGAAGUUCAGUUUCACUCCUUUGAGAUCUGAUUGUCUCAGCCUCAGAACAACAGUUUACAAAAUGGCCAUAGCAUGGUCAGACUUGUUACAAUACUUUAAUUCUCAACAUGCCAGCACCAAUACAAAUGGGCAGAUUUGUUGCCUCCUCAAUGAUACGACAUUAAGACUGAGUUUCCUGUUUCUGAGCCAUGCCCUGCAGCCUCUCUGCAAAUUUCAGGAGAGCUUGGAUUGUGGUAAAGAUGUAAGAACAUUGCUUCAAGAUGCCUGUAGUUUAGUUCAUGUUUACAUAUCUAGUUUCCUCACUCCCAAAGCUGUGGAGUACUUCCUCAGGAGAGGUAACUUGGGCUCACCAAAGAAGGACAUGAUGGAACAUCUACCAAGAGACAAGGUGAACGUUGGUGAAGAGGUGGUUGAAUAUCUUCGUCAAAAUGAUACAAAUGAUGAACUUUUCUACAACAGUGCUGUUGCAUUCUACACAGCAGUUAGUUCCAGUAUUGUCAAGAGUUUACCCAUGCCUGGUUCUGCUCUGAGAAACAUGGCUACCCUCUUAAGCCCAGAAGGCAAGCUGGAAAUCACUGGGAAGGCUGUAUCUGAUUUAGGUGCCCAGUUUGGUCUUUGUACAAGCGGAGAAGGCUUCAGCUUGUUAACCAGUGAGUUUCUUGAGUAUCAGUUUCCUGAGUGUGAAGUUGUACUCACCAGUCCAGCUGUACAGUCACUGGAGCAGUACUGGAAGGCAGAGCUGGGGCUUAUGGGAGAGACAUCUCUCUUUCGAAAGCUGAUCCUAAGCCUGCUGGCUUUGCCCAAGACACUGGGAAUGGAAAAGAUUUUUGCACAAGUGUUUGAAAAUGUUGAUAGUAGUGUGGAAGAGCGUAAAAUAGAGAUCUCUAAUGGUAAAGACAUGGUGCAUGAUGAUGAUGUUACAGACACCAGCUCCUACAAAACUGCCCUGUCAGAACCCCUCAGCUCUGAGACCAAGGAGAGUUCAACAUCAGAUGUUGUUGAUCUGACUGAAGAUGAGGAGGUUUCUUUUAUGGAGACGAAUGCCAGUGCCUCUGGUCCAGACACGGAGAUGAAAAAGAAAAACCCAGACAUUUCAGAACUGAUACUUGUAGAUGAUGAUGAUGAUGAUGAUAUCAUAUGGACUAAUACUUUAUAUCCAAAGGUGUUGGAGAUUGAUGAUUGCAGUGAUGACAGUGUCAAAGAGAGAAGAAUGGGAAAAUCUGACGACAAACACGUGGUGCAUGAUGAUGUCACAGAGAAAAUAAAUGACGAUAUUUCCUCUAUCCCUAAUACAGAAAUGGAGUAUUCGUACGAGGAUGGGAAGCCUUUCACAGUAGGGGAGAUGGUAUGGGGCCAGGUGGAAGGCUUUGCUAUGUCUCCUGGUCUGGUGUACAGAUGGACUGAUGGGAAACCCAGAAAGCACAUUCGCAAGGUGGUGUGGUUUGGGAAUAGUAUGGUCUCUCAGGCUCAUUCAGAUGGUCUGCGGCCUUACGCUGCAUUUGCACAGUGCUUCUGCCCUCAUUCCUUUAACACGAUGAUAACGUACAAGGAAGCCAUCUUUCAUUCUUUGCAGGUGGCUGCUGAGCGUGCAGAAAAAGUCUUUUCUCUCGAGUCAGACACUCAGGAAGAACUACUUAGAGCAAUGUUGGACUGGGCCUUUGGAGGCUUUGAACCAUCUGGACCAAAUGGACUCAGACCACAAUCAAAACAAGAUGAAUGCCUUAAAACGUUCAAUUGGCUCUCCCAACAAUGGACUAACACCAGUGUCUGUGAGACUCAGGAAGGUCAAGAGAAAUUAAAAAAUUUAUACAAUUUAAAAGAAGUGUCCGUGUGCUUGAAGAGACUGUCUUUGGACCUGCAGAAUGGCCAGUUGAACCUAAAGGAUGGAAAUGUGAACAAAAAACCUUCAUAUCCAAAAUCAGAACGGUCUUCCUUACAGCGUGAAAAGAAAUCCUGUCUAUCUGAAUGUUGCUCAACUCCCAGAAAAGAGAAACAUGUUUCCAAGAAUAAGGAUCAAAGCAAAGGCCGAAGCUCAGUUGUUCAGGGAAAGGAAUACAACCACAGAUCUCAAAUGGUAUAUGAGGUUUUUUUCAAUGGGAAGAACAUUGAAGAUUUCUGCCUAUCAUGUGGAGCCACACGUAUCGAGACCUUCCAUCCACUAUUUGAAGGGGGGCUGUGCUUGAAAUGCAAGGAUAAUUUCACAGAGACAUUAUAUCGGUAUGAUGACGAUGGAUAUCAGUCAUACUGCACAGUAUGUUGCGCUGGGCUGGAAGUCAUUCUGUGUGGACGUGACAGCUGUUGCCGCUCCUUCUGUGAGGACUGUUUGAAUAUCCUGAUUGCUGAAGGCACAUUUAAUGAACUAAAAGACGUGGACCCAUGGAUCUGUUACCUGUGUGCACCAGAGAAAAGCUCCGGGGCUUUGAGACCCAGAGAUGAUUGGAGUAUCCGUGUCCAGGAAUUCUUUGCCAACAACAGCGCCAUGGAAUUUGAGCCACAUCGGGUUUACCCAUCAAUUCCUGCCAGCCUGCGACAUCCAAUCAGGGUCCUCUCCUUAUUCGAUGGUAUAGCUACAGGGUACCAGGUACUGAAGGAUCUGGGCUUUAAAGUGGAAAAAUAUGUUGCAUCAGAAAUAGAUGAGGAGUCCAUCAGUAUCUCAGUUGUGAACCAUGAUGGAAAAAUUAUCCAAGUGGAUGAUGUCCGUAGAAUUACUAAGAACCAUAUUAAGGAAUGGGGUCCUUUUGACCUUCUUAUCGGAGGCAGCCCAUGUAACGACUUGUCCAUAGCAAAUCCAGCACGGAAAGGCUUGUUUGAGGGUACAGGACGGCUCUUCUUUGAGUACUACCGGCUGCUGAACAUCAUGAAGCCCAAGGAGGAUGACCCGCGACCGUUCUUCUGGCUUUUUGAGAACGUUGUAUUCAUGAACGCCAGGGACAGAGUUGAUAUCUGCCGUUUCCUGGAAUGUAACCCGGUGCUUAUUGAUGCUGUUAAAGUGAGUCCAGCCCACAGAGCACGGUAUUUCUGGGGGAAUCUACCAGGCAUGAACAGACCAAUCGUCGCCUCUCAAAAGGACAAGGUGACCCUCCAGGAAUGCCUCGAAAUUGGCCGCACUGCAAAGUAUGUCAAAGUGCGGACCAUCACCACACGCCCAAAUUCUCUCAAGCAAGGAUGCAAGGAUCAGAAUUUUCCUGUUUCCGAAAAUGGAAAGGAUGACACUUUAUGGCUCACUGAAGUGGAAAAGAUUUUUGGAUUUCCAAAGCAUUACACCGAUGCGAAGAACAUGGGUCGUCAACAGAGACUGAGGGUGUUGGGUAAAUCCUGGAGUGUCCCGGUGAUCAGGCAUCUCUUUGCCCCACUGAAGGAUUACUUUGCCUGUGAUGAAGUUCCCCUAAAAUGAUGAGGAUUUUAAAAGAUGUUCUUUAUCUCUUAAAUAGAAAUUUACUCUCUGGAAUUUCAAGUAAUUAUUAUUAUUAUUAUUUUAUUUUUAUUCAUUUUCCUGAAUGUGUGGUUAAAUCAUUAUAGUCACGGACAAUAUUUGUUUUAUCUACUGUAACAAUUGUUGUUGUUUUUUUAAUAUUGAGGGGUUUCUAAUUGCCAAACUGUGUCUUUUAAUGAAUUAACAUUUUGAAUACAAUACCUGUGCACAUUUUUAUUCAUAUUCAUUAAAGUAAUUCAUGUUUACUUUCUCAUCUCAUUAUCUCUAGCCGCUUUAUCCUGUUCUACAGGGUCGCAGGCAAGCUGGAGCCUAUCCCAGCUGACUACGGGCGAAAGGCGGGGUACACCCUGGACAAGUCGCCAAGUCAUCACAGGGCCGACAUAUAGACACAGACAACCAUUCACACUCACAUUCACACCUACGGUCAAUUUAGAGCCACCAGUUAACCUAACCUGCAUGUCUUUGGACUGUGGGGGAAACCGGAGGAAACCCACGCGGACACGGGGAGAACAUGCAAACUCCACAUAGAAAGGCCCUUGUCAGACACGGGGCUCAAACCCGGACCUUGCUGUGAGGCGACAGCGCUAACCACUACACCACCAUGCCGCCCCACAUUUGAAGUCAUAAAAUGUAUUUACUAUACUUCAAAGAUUUAUAUUUGUAUUUAUUUUAGGUGCAUGAUGGUGUAGGAGAGUGUAAUGGUGUCAACAAGCCUGAUGCUUGCAAAUUGCCUGUAGGUCAUAAAUCACUUCUGGCUCAUUAAAUCGAUCAUUUAAAUUUUCCCUGUCUCUGUACAGGUUUGAAUCGCAGGUGAUCCAGUGGGAUUUAUUGUAGGAGGCCAUAAGUUGUUUUACCUUUGGCACGGCAGGAUACCACAAUUGUCCUUCACACUUUUUUUUUUUUUUUAAGCUUGCAACAUUUCUGUUACAAACAUGUGAAACGUACAUUAGUGAUUCGUUCGAUCUGUGACACAAGUAAGACUGGUGAUUAAACAGGUAAUAUACAGUGUAUGGCCAAAUAUUUGUGGACACCUGACCAGUCACACCCAUGUGCUUGUUGACCAUCCCAUUACAGGUUUAGUUUCCCUUUGCUCUUAUAAUAACCUCUGCUCUUCUGGGAAAGGUUUUCCACUAGAUUUUGGAGUGUAGCUGUGGGGAUUUGCUCAUUCAGCCCCAAGAGCAUUAGUAAGGUCAGGCACUGAUGUUGGGCGAGGAGGCCUGGGGCACAUUUCAUCUCAAAGGUGUUUAGUGGGAUUGAGGUCUGGGCUCUGUGCAGGCCACUCGAGUUCUUCGACACCAGCCUUGGUAAGCUAUGUCUUUAGUGAGCUCUCUGUGCAUAGGGAACAGGUUUGAGCCCCUUGGUUUCAGUGAAUAAUGCUACAGCAUGCAAAGACAUUCUGGGCAAUUGUGUGCUUCAAACUUUGUUGCAACAGUUUAGGGAAAUUUGGCCAUAUAGUGUAAAUCUAUCCUCCUGUCCUUGAUCAAAGUCAGACUAGUGAUUAAUGUAUAAAUGUAUUAUAAAUAAUUAUGCAGCAGCAUGUAGGGUUGCCAUUUAUAGCUCCAGGCUCCUCAGUUUCACAUGUUCUUCCUGUGUCUGUAUGGGUUUCAACUAGUUUCUCAGGUGAACCCUGGUUCUCUACUGACCAAGAUAAAGCCUUUAGUCAAGAUGAGUGACUGGGUGAAUAAUUAUACAGAAUAUCCUGACUAACAAUUACACGAGGGGGGAGAAAAAAAAGCUGUACACACUUUUAUUUUGAAAUCCAUGCACCAAAAUGUAAUAACAUAUAAUUUUAAAAUUGACCUGCUCUGCAAUCAGUAAACUGGUGGUGUGGAAAUAUCAUGAUCCCAGA